AUGAAGACUGGUGCCAUCAUUCUCUCUCUCCUUGCGGCCACUGGCCUUGCAAUUCCCAUGGUGAAGAUCAUGCUAAUCUCCCUCCAGGAGCAAGCUCAGCAAGCCAAAGAUGCCCAAAUGAUGCAGCAAAUGCAAAUGGCCGCCAAUGGCCUCUUUGACCCCCCUCGCAGCGGCAACGGCAACCUCAUCGCCGACAUCUUUGAUACCGCUGCUUGCAUCUUCGGUAGCUUCAUCGGCAGCCGCACCUGUCAACCAAGCAACGCAAGCAGCACCAUUGUCCACGUUACCGACGAUGGCCACCGCAAUGACAACGCCAACGCCAACGUCAGCACCAGCACCAGCGCUUCUUACCAGUACACCUACUCUACCGACAGCGAUGGAAACUACCACAUCCAGAUCAACCCCGGCGGCAACAAGUCCAACUGCACUUAUACCGUCUCCAAGGAUGACGCCGCGGUUUUGGCCAACACCAUCAACCAGCUUGCCACCAAGUGCCUCAGCAAAUAA